AUGGAACAUCGUCCGCUCCCCCACCACUCUCCUGCGAUACGCCGCUACCUCAACGAACCAGCUGAUGCGAUCAAUCUAUUACAAGCAGCCAACGCUCCCGAGCGUGCUCACUUCGAAUACUACGGUGACCAUACGCCUCAGCUCUCGACUGUCCAAGAAGAUAUCUCCCGUCGAAAACCCAGCGAAGCCAGUCACUUUCCCUUCCUCUGCGUCUUCCACUUCGCCGGCUGCGAUCAGGAGUUCGCGAGUAAAAGAGACUGGAAGAAUCACGUGGUGUCCCGGCAUUUGAACCUUGACCGCGUGUUUUGGGAGUGUUCUGAAGGCGAUUGCGCACAUUCAAAGCAUCUUUUGGAUCAAUGCAAGUUUCCGCAGAUCAACUACCCAUCCGACCAGGAUGGGUUUGAGGCACGGCUGAAUAGCGCCGGUGGAUGGAAUUCACGGCAUUUCGUGAAUAAACACGACUUUCGAAUCCAUCUUCUCGGUCAUCAUCUAUCGACCAAGUCGUACAGUAAAGAAACGGAAAUAGCAUUGCUUCCCAAUACAGAGGUGCAAUGGCUUGUGGACCGUUCAGACUCGUCGAUGCGAAUGACGUGUGGACUGCCUCAAGAUCUUGGCUGCCCCAUGCCCCAAUGUGCAUCAGUCCGAUUCACUGGUCCUGCAGCGUGGGAUCAACGCCUCAACCACGCUGCCGAACACUUUAUUGCCAGUCCGCAAUGCCUAGGUGUAUUCGGAGGUGAAAAGGAUGCUGAGCUUGUACAAUGGGCCACCUGCAAUGCGGUCAGCAUUCUUGAACAGACGCCAAACGCUCGCCUUCAACAUGAUUGCAAUAAGUCGGUCGCAGACAGUGGCUAUAGCAGCAGACCUGAUAUGCCCCGGCAACUAAACAUGUCGCAGCACGGUGAUGCGUCCCCCGUGGUGCCUCGUAAGAUACCAGAGUGGACGAACGAUGCCAUGGCCUGUUACCGCCCUCUGGAAAAUAUGGACACAUUGCUUCGUGGUAUUGGUGCCUGGGUCCAAGAUCAUGAAUUUUUGAUGCCUCUGAUGGAUGACGAGACAAUGUCCUCCGCAUAUCGACCUUUUAAACAAAUUUGCUCGCAAGACGAGUCCAAACGGGACCAUCAUACCCUCGAGGCCUCCCAAGACUCGGACUAUGGUGAUGAGUCUGAUGGAACGUCCAAUGGCGACCCGGAGAGUGUGGUCGUUAAGCAAUGGUUCCAUGGAUGGCUUCAACAAUGGCUGGCGCCGUUGACACAAGAGAGGCCUAGCGGAAAUGAAGGUCGUCAAGGUACCGCUUCUCAAAGCCAGAACUUGGCAUCCAGCUCCGGCUCCAGUGCACAGAAGAAGGGGACAUCUCAGCAUCGCCGUCUCCCCAAGCGUAAGCGCACCAACGGCGACGAUGAUGGUGAUGAGGAGAGCUCCAAACCCCAGCGUAUCGAUCGAGGUCUGGAGAUACGAAUGCUUGCCUGUCCCUUCUUCAAGCGCAAUCCUCUCAAGUACGGACAUCGCAAGUGGAAGAGCUGUGCAUAUCCUGGCUACGAAUCCAUGCAUCGAUUGAAAGAACAUAUUGAGCGUAGACAUUCGUUGCCCGAGUACCAAUGUCGGCGUUGUCGUGUGGAUCUCAAGACCUCGGAGGCUCUCGAGGCGCACUCGCAGCAAUUGCAGGCAUGCACACCUUGUAUCGUUGCGCAAGAUGGACUAAACCAGGAUCAAUUAAAGAGAAUAAAGAGUAAGAAAGGUACGAGGAAGAACAAGAGCGAUGUAGACAGAUGGAAUGACGUCUACGUAAUUGCAUUCCCGCAUGACCAAGAUAGACCAAACCCUUAUCUUGACGAAACGGACCAAGAUAAGAAUGCUAGGGAGUUUAAUCUCUGCCAUAAGCUCGGCCGUUUUUUAGAGCGGGAGAUGCCUCCGCUUGUUGGGGGGUACUUGAGCACGGUCGGGUGUCCACUGCCCGAGACCAUAAAAGAGGAUAUUGAGCAGUACGUGAAAGGAUUAGUUCCUCAGCUGAAAGUCUCGUUUUUGGAGGAGAUGGGCUUCACGAUGAGUGAUCCCAGCGGGCAACUGGAUGCUGCAUCAACGACAAACGAUGGAUACAGCUUCGUGGAGUCUGCGAUGACAAGACGCACUUCUGAAGAUUCGGCGACAACGGUUCAGCAAGACAGCACCUCGGAAUAUCCGACGACAACGUUGCCGAAAGGAAGCACCUCGCAAGAGGCUAUGUCCAUGUUUCCGACAAGUCAUGGCUCUAAAAAAUUCACAAUGAUGCCUCAAGUUGGAUACGACACCGCAGACUCGACGACGUUUCAAGAUGGGUAUUUCUCUGGACAGGAUAUGAUGUUUCCAGUAUCACAGAUGAUGCCGCCAUACUUUUCGACGACAAAUGAGGAUUGGCAGGCAUUUUUGCAGUUUGGCCAUAACCCAAAUCUUCCCUAA